AUGGCUAAGAACUGGCUGCUCUCACGGCUCCUCGUGAGCCUCACAUUGUGUAGUUACGCUCUGGCCUUCACCGACUACCUGCUGAAGUCUUGUUCACAAUCUGGAUUUUGCUUGCGAAACAGACACUAUGCUAAGGAAAUAAUGAAGAGCGGUCGAAAUGUGUAUUCCCUGGAUCCAUCUAGCAUCAAAUAUGGGAAUUCUAACCACAGUUUUGCCGCAAACAUCUUGAAAGAGGUUCCAUCUGGUGAAAACGGUCAAGAUGGGAAAAAAGUGAUCCUGCCGCUUCUCAUCGAUGUGCUAGAAGGAGGAGGCGUACGCUUAAAGAUAGAUGAGUUGCGUGAAGGUUAUCCAGACUCGAAAUCAGAACUUUUACUUCCAAGACGGUACGAUGAAGCAGCGUUGUGGGCGUUUGACAAACAAGCUCAUCUUCGACCAACCGACGUUGACUUUGGACAGUCAUUUUGGCCUUUUCAAAAGGAUAGCAUCGAGGUGAAGAGCAAAAGCUCUGAAGUGUCGCUGAAGAUAAGCCUUUCAAAAUUCCGUAUCGAAUUGUUUCAUCGUGGAAUUCUUCGCUUAGUCGUCAAUGAUCGCAUGCUGCUGAACAUCGAGCACCAACGAACUCUUGAGAAUAAUGCCCAUGAAAAACUACCAGAAGAGCUUACAUUUGACGAUUUUGAAGAUAGCUUUCAUUACUCAAGAGAAGAUUCUUUGCCGUUCGGACCUGAAUCGGUAGCUCUAGACUUUACGCUAAUCGGUAUCAAUGAUGUUUACGGUAUCCCAGAGCAUGCGGACAGCUUACGUCUCAAAGAUACAAGGGAAAGUGAUCCAUACCGUCUGUUUAACGUUGAUGUUUUCGAGUACAAUCUUAACGCUAAAACGCCAAUGUAUGGUUCCAUUCCCUUCAUGAUCGGCAAUAGUCCGAGCUUCGCAGCUGGUGUAUUCUGGGUCAAUUCUGCAGAUACAUGGGUAGAUGUCGAGUACACGAAGGAAAAUACCGAAACCCAUUGGAUAUCAGAAAACGGUGUCAUCGAUGUGAUAAUUUUGCUGGCGGAUAAUCCUCUAGAUAUCACAACCGCGUACACAGAGAUUACCGGAAAGCCGCAAUUGCCUCUGAUUUCAUCAAUAGGCUAUCAUCAAUGCAGAUGGAACUACAAUGAUGAAAAAGAUGUCCUAACAGUCGACUCUCAGAUGGACAAAGCCGGCAUACCGUAUGAUUUUAUUUGGCUGGACUUGGAGUACACAGACGGCAAAAAGUUCUUCACCUGGAAGCCCGAUGCUUUCCCCAACCCUCACAGAAUGCUUAGAAAGCUUUGGAAGCAUGGUCGGAAUUUGGUGGCAUUAAUCGACCCGCACUUAAAAGCCAAUUAUGAAGUUAGUCAAUUGGUGGAAGAUACAGGAAGUUCUGUUCGAAGUCAUGACGAUAGCAGCUAUCAUGGUCACUGCUGGCCCGGAGAGUCAAUUUGGAUCGAUACGAUGGGCAGUAUUGCUAGAGAUCUUUGGAGCGAGCUUGUGACAAAGUUUUUGGACAAAUGCCAAAACUUACAUAUAUGGAAUGACAUGAACGAGCCAUCCAUUUUUAGUGGGCCCGAAACAACUGCUCCGAAAGAUCUUGUUCACAGUGAUGGGUUUGAAGAGAGAUCAAUCCACAAUGUGUAUGGUUUAACCGUGCACGAAACCACGUACGACGCCAUGAGGGCUUUUUACAGGACCGAGGGUACAAGACCGUUUGUGCUUACCAGAUCUUUUUUUGCUGGCUCACAACGCACUGCAGCCACUUGGACUGGUGACAAUGUUGCAAAUUGGGACUAUUUGAGACAGUCAAUUCCUAUGUGUCUCACCAAUAACAUUGCCGGUUUUCCCUUUAUAGGUGCAGAUAUUGCUGGUUUUUCAGGAAAUCCAACCCAAGAGCUUCUUAUAAGGUGGUACCAAGCAGGAAUGUGGUAUCCUUUCUUUAGAGGCCAUGCGCACGUUGAUGCCGCGAGAAGAGAACCCUACUUGUUACAGGAACCCACAAAAUCCAUUGUAAGAGAUACUAUACGUCUAAGGUAUGCUCUUCUACCCACAUUUUACACUGCGUUCCACUCGGCAAGUGUCAACGGAACUCCGAUCAUGAAUCCAAUGUUCUACGUUCACCCAGAGUUGAAAGAAGUCUACAAUAUCGACGAUCAGUUCUACUUGGGAGAUAGCGGUCUUUUAGUCAAACCUAUAACAGAAGCUGGAAGAACGGCGGUGAGCAUGUUUUUCCCCAGAGGAAUCUAUUACGAAUAUAAAACUAUGAAGGCCUUGAUGGUGGAGAAUCAUGGGCACAUGGAUGUUGAUGUUCCGUUGAGUGAACAAGCGCUUUUCAUAGAGGGCGGUCACGUACUGGUAAGAAGAGACAGAUUUAGACGGUCUUCUAAACUGCAAAAAAACGAUCCUUAUACUUUACUGAUAGCUCCGGAUGCUAGAGGUAAAGCGCAUGGCAGAUUAUACGUGGACGACGGAGAGACAUUUAGUUACGAAACUGGCAAUUACCUUGAAGUGGCAUUUGAAUUCGAAAGCUGUGUUUUAACGUCUACCAUCACUCAUGCUGCCACUGAAGGAGAAGCUUUCUCUACUAAAGUCGAAAGAAUUCUAAUUGCCUUACCUGAAAAAUGUGGGACUACACGCGCCACGUUCACGCAAGGUAACAACAGCUGGAUCCAUUCACUCCACAGGGAAGAGGAAACCGGUUUGAUUGUCGUUGAAAAUCCAAAGCUGGACUUGGAAGCUGCAUGGCAACUUGAGCUGUCAUAG